GAGACUAGGACUAGCCCAUCACCCGGUCCAACGGACCACACCACGCUCUGCCCUGCUGCGAGGACACCACCCACUCCAACGCCAUGUCAUUCCGCCGCCUCGUAGCCCGCUCCCUCUCCACCGCCGACCUCUCUGGCCGCCUCCGCUCCCUCUCCCCCGCCGUCGCUGUCCCAGGCCGCUCCCUCUCCACGGCCGACCUCGCCGGCCGCCUCCGCCGCUCCCUCUCCACCGCCGCCGCGCACCCGCCAUGGGCAAUCAUCCACGACACGUCGGAGGUCGACCGGUCGUCGUCGGCCCCGGGCGCGCGCUUCCGCCCCGUGGAUCCUCCGGGCGUCUCCCGCAUCUUCGCCCCAGCGCACCUCAUCGAUCCCACGGAACGCCCGAACGCGGGCAGCAGCAGCGACGUCCUCCAAUACCUUGACGGCAACGUCCUCCAGCUCCUCUUCGGCAACGUCGGCGCCGCCAGCGGCGACGGCCACCUGCUGCUCAGCUACCACGACCUCCGGGCGGAGGGCCCUUGCACCCGCUGGGACCUGGCCGAGGACCCCCAAGUCCACCGCUUCGUCUGCAACCCCCUCACCGGCCAGAUGCUCCGCCUGCCCGACAUCGGCGGCUCCAGGAGGAACUACGCCCUCCACAACAUGGGCCUCCUCACCCACGCCGACGGAGGGCUCGGGUGCGGGCCGCCCGACAGGUUCGCCGUUGCCGACUUCGUCCUCAAUGGCGCCGCCAUCUUGCGGUUUCUCUCUGAGGAAGGGAAGUGGAAGGCGGUACGGCCGGUCCAUGGCAACCCAUCGCUCCCGCGCCCGAUGGAGAUGAACCAGGAGACGGUUGCCUUCGGCGGCCGCCUGUGGUGGGUCGACCUCACCUUGGGUGCCGUCUCCGUGGACCCCUUCGCCGACCGGCCGGAGAUCCGCUUCGUCGAGCUGCCCAGCGGCAGCGUGCUGCCCGCGCCUGCACGUGUGGACGAAGCAGACCCCUGCAAGGUCGAGGAACGGGGGCUGCUCAUUAUGGAGGUCACCAAUCGCCGGCGCAUCGGCGUGAGCGAGGGGAGGCUGCGCUACGCCGAGGUGACUCCCGGCGGGCCAUUUCUGCUCAGCUCAUAUGCGCUCGACGACGACGAGGGCACCGGCUGGAAGCUGGAGCACCAGGUGGCGCUCAGGCGGGCGUUGGCGGACGGAGGCUACUCGGCACAGGCGGCGCCGCAGAUCGCCGUCCUUGACCCCGUCGACGCCAACAUCAUUUACCUCAAGGUCGGCAAGGACGUCGUCGUGGUGGACAUGCAUAACGGGAAUGUGAUUGGGGGCUGUCGGCUUCAAGGAGAGUACAUUUCUCUUGUACCAUGCGUGCUUCCACCAUGGCUUGGAUCAAGCCGGAUCCCCGCCGAAGGCAAGAAGGGUGGCAUGGAAGUGACAGAUGAUCUGGUCAGUAGCGCCUAGAAGUCGUGAAUGGGCAUCAGUCUACCAGCUUAUUUAUCUCUAGUUGGGAACUAUCUUAGUCUCUUAACUAAUGCUUCCAUUAUUAGUCAUCCAUUGGCAUUGUCAGUACUCAAGACGCAUCGUGCUUUCUUGUCCUAAUGGUGACCGUUCUUUUCUUUUUCUUAAAAUUUUACCAACAACUGUUAAGAAGUCUAAAACUGAAGCUUAUUACUUUCAAACAACUUA